UGUCUGAACAUCUUAGGUUGACCUUUAAGGGAUUACUUGGCCAAGCUGAAGGACGCCCCGCAAACACAAACCCUGAAUCAGCAGAAUGGAAUUUUUCAUUAUUAAACAAAUAUUACUGACUGUGCAAAUCACAGCCCUCCUCUUUAUAUUGGGGCAUCGCUUGAGGGACUUUACCAUUUUACACUGACUUGCUCAGAGAUCUUUACUACUUCCAGAAUGAAAGCUGUUCUCUUUCUUGUUUUCGGCCUUUUGGCCAUUGCAAAUGGCAAGAUUUUCUCUCGGUGUGAGUUGGCACAGAAACUCGAGGCUUCAGGAAUGGAUGGGUAUCAUGGGUAUAGUCUGGCAGAUUGGAUCUGUUUGGUCCAAUGGGAGUCAGACUACAACACAGAAGCUAUCGACCAUGACAGUGAUGGAUCAACGGACUACGGCAUUUUCCAGAUCAACAGCCGCUGGUGGUGCAACAAUUACCAGACACCUACGUCCAAUGGUUGUGGUAUCGACUGUAGUGAACUGCUGUCUGACAACAUUGACGUAGCCAUCCAGUGCGCCAAGCGUGUGGUCAGAGACCCCAAUGGCAUGGCUGCUUGGUAUGGCUGGGACUCACACUGCCGUGGUCGUGACCUGAGCUCCUACAUUGAAGGCUGUGGAGUGUGAAGCAUACUUCCUGUUAUGAGAAGACUACCACCUUCUUACCCUCUGAUUUUAAAUGGUUGUAUUCUUCAUACACUUAGCAAAGGAUUUAUCAGUGAUGCAUAGGUGAAUAAAUCAAUCCAGUGAAGAGAAAGUCACAAUUUUACAAUCUUACCUACUACUCACAAUCAAACUAUCUUGCUGAAAAGAAAGAAGCAAAAUAUGAUUAAAUGUUGACUAAAACCA